UAGUUGCGGUUUUUACACUGGAGCCAAACUACACGAACGAUUUCAAUAUUGUCGGGAUUUUCCGAUUUACAACAGCAAAAGCAGAUACACUGUUGCAAAGAAAUCUAGCUUCGUUUCCACGGGUGACGUUCCCUAUAUCCCUUUCGGGCUGAAUUUAUGAUGGGCUGCACAAGUUCGGUACAAUCCAAGAACCAAGCGGUUCAUCCUUUGGUCUCCAGCUUGGUAAACAACAAAGUUUCAAUCUCAGUUUCUGAAGAAAAUAAAAUCAUUCUGCGAGAAUCAUGGAAAACUUUGGACCUAAGGAGAACCGCGGCAGGCAAGAAAGUAUUCGCAAGGCUUCUUGAACUGAAUCCCAACCUCCAGGACGCAUUUCCCUCGUUUAGAGGCGUGGCUUUGGACGAAGUUAUGAAUUCCCGCUCGUUGUUUCUGCAUUCCAAGCGUUUAAUGGCUGUAGUGGAGGAAACUGUGUUAUCUUUAGAUGAUGCCAAAGAGCUGAUUAAAGACCUUACGAACCUUGGGGAAAGACAUUUAGCGAUGUCUAUCACUGAGAAACACUUAAAGGUCAUGGAAGAGGCCUUUGUACUCAUGUUACAAGACAUUCUUGAAGGAAGUUGCUCGGAACAAAUUAUAAAAGCCUGGAGAGAAUUGUUUGGAUUCAUGGCCAAAACCAUGUUGAGAGGACAAGAACAAGCGAGCAAUAACUUACUUUCGUAAUUCGCCCUUAAUUCUGAUUUAAAAUGAGAACAUCGUUUCUGAUCUAUUUUUUUUUCAUCCGACCUCGGUUACAGGGUCUCUUCCUUCUGCUCUUCAAACGCUCGAGGGGGUGAAAAAAAUAGAGGCUAUAGGAACGAGUUUGGUUUCAAUCAAUGGACUGUACCAAUUCGCCUCUUCCUUCGAUCAAGUCUAUCA